UUUUGAGAAAAUAAAUAAACAAUGAAAAUUGAUGUAAAGCAUCGCACAAAUGCCAAAUGAGCUCAAUUGCUGGCAAGCAGGAAACUAGAAACUCAGCGAGAGAACGAGAGAGAGAGAGAGAGAGAGAAACAGGCAUAGAGAGUGUGAGUGUGCACAGUGGGACGAACAGCAUAGCAAAUGAAAUUGAAUUUUAGUUUGCUUUUAAAGAAUUUGAUUUUGCAAUUGUUGGAUUUGGCCCCACUGUGCGCUGUACGUUGCACUCAAAUGAAUUUAUUCAAAUAUACAAUUGCUCAAGUGGCUUGACGACUUUCUCAGAGCCCCGUCAAUGCAGAGCCAGAACUUGGCCAGCCAGCCGUCUAUACGAUCUGCAAACUGGUUUCAGUCUGGUUUGAAACCCUAAACGCUCAACAACAAACAACGCUCUGGCCUAAGCUAUAAAACUCUUUCGAAAAUAAAAACAAAAGCUGCUGCUGCUGGCCCCAAUAAACACAACGAUGAAUCAUCGCCGUCAACUGUGCCCGUUGCUGCUUUUCGUGAUCUGCUCUGCUGUGGGCCAACUGCAGGCGGCGGCCAUCAUCUGCUCUGGCGCUGGUGGCGCUGAGCUGGACGCCGCCGCUGCUGUGGCCGCCAAGGCAGCGGAUGGCAGCGAUGCCAGCGAUGCAAUGACAACGCCCAAGCCCAAGCCCAGCGAAGUGAAUCAGUUUUUGCACAGUGUGCAGUGCACGCUGGAGAAGGCCAAGCCCUGGAUCGAGGAUCUCGAGAAGGAGGCCAAGCGUCUGGAGGAGACUGCCAAGCGUGUGGGUCUCAGCAUUGUCCAUCGCUUUGGCAGCAUCAUGGACACAUUGCUGGGCGCUGCGGUCAACAGGCCUAGGCCCAUCAUCAGCAGCAACAGCAACAGCGACGACAGCAGCAGCAGCUGUUGCUCCAGCUCCAGCGCCAGUCCCAGCUCCACAGUCGCCAGUGAGAGCACAAGUGAGGCCAAGCCCAGCACCGAUUCGCCCAUCAAUAUCGUCACUGGCAAUGAGGCGGACAACGAGAUUAAAUAAGCACACAAUCAAUAUUAUAAACCAACCAUAACUACAAUACAUAAACAUAUACAUAUACAUAUUUAUUUUAUUAGCAGUUAGUAUUGAGAGCAUAAAU